CCGCCGGGGGCAGCUCUGUGCCUCGGCUGCCCCAGCGGCAGCCCGCCCGGGCCGAAGGGGGGGUGCAGGAAGCGGGCAGGACCCCCUCCUGCGGAAGGACCGCACCGCCCCCACUGCCCCGCGCUGCCCGCAGGUGGCGCUGCCGGCAGCCGCGCUCCGACCCGAAGCCGCCGCCGCAGCCGCGCCGGCUGGGCUAGAGCAGCCCCCCGGCGCCGGCCGCAGCCCCUGGGCCCGCCCGCGGCUGCCUCCGAGGAGCCGUGCCUCCCCCGCCCGCCCUCCCGCCGGGCUCCGCGCCGCCUCCCCCCUAUCCGCGGGCAAGCGCGGCGCCGCCGCGGCCGUCCGGUCGCUUUCCGCACUCCGCUUCCCGCGCUCGUUGCUAGCGGUGCGAAGCGGUCCGGAGCGCAGCUCCACAGCCGGCUGGUGCCGCUGCCCCGGCGUGCCCGUCUGCGCGGCGGCGGAGCGGCGCGGGAAGUGGGCGAGCGGCGUGGGGAAUGGAGACGCCCGACAGCAUCCCCGGGGCCGUGUGACAGCAGCGGCGCUCACACGCGCGCACGCACCAGCCGGCCCGAAGCCGGAGACGGUGCAGAGCCGGGCAGCACCGCCCUGCCCCGUCCCAAGGGAAGCCGGCAUGGAGUGAGAGCAGCGUGUGGCCGCCAGGAGAAGCCCAAAAGAGAAAGAGAGAUGGCCAGAUUGACAGAGUCAAUGACUAACGUACUGGAAGAAGACUCAAUGGAGCAAGACAUAGAGAGCCCUGUCGCUAUUCAUCAGCCAAAGUUGCCCAAACAAGCUAGAGAGGAUCUGCCAAAAAAUAUAAACAAAGAUUGUGCCAAGAGAAAAAUCCAGAGGUAUGUUAGGAAAGAUGGGAAAUGCAACGUCCACCAUGGGAAUGUCAGAGAGACUUAUCGUUACUUGACUGACAUCUUCACUACCUUAGUCGAUCUCAAGUGGAGGUUCAACCUGUUGAUUUUUGUCAUGGUUUACACUGUGACCUGGCUCUUCUUUGGAAUGAUAUGGUGGCUAAUUGCCUACAUGCGAGGAGAUAUGGAUCAUAUAGGGGACAGCACGUGGACCCCAUGCGUCAGCAACCUCAAUGGGUUUGUCUCAGCCUUUUUAUUCUCAAUCGAGACAGAAACCACCAUUGGGUAUGGUUACCGGGUCAUCACGGACAAGUGUCCCGAGGGAAUUAUUCUGCUUUUAGUGCAGUCUGUUUUAGGUUCUAUCGUCAACGCUUUCAUGGUUGGCUGCAUGUUUGUGAAAAUAUCCCAACCCAAGAAGAGGGCAGAAACCUUGGUUUUUUCUACAAACGCAGUUAUUUCCAUGCGGGAUGGAAAGCUGUGUCUGAUGUUCCGAGUAGGAGACCUUAGGAAUUCACACAUUGUAGAGGCAUCAAUACGAGCCAAGUUGAUCAAAUCCAAACAGACAAAGGAGGGGGAAUUUAUACCACUCAACCAGACAGAUAUCAACGUAGGUUAUUACACAGGGGAUGAUCGUCUCUUUUUGGUUUCACCACUGAUCAUCAGCCAUGAAAUUAACCAGCAGAGUCCUUUCUGGGAGAUUUCCAAAGCCCAGUUGCCCAAAGAGGAGCUAGAAAUUGUUGUAAUCCUAGAAGGAAUGGUGGAGGCAACAGGAAUGACCUGCCAAGCUCGAAGUUCAUACAUUACGAGUGAGAUCCUGUGGGGUUACCGUUUCACCCCUGUCCUCACUCUGGAGGAUGGAUUUUAUGAAGUAGACUACAACAGUUUUCAUGAAACAUAUGAGACCAACACACCAGUUUACAGUGCCAAAGAGCUGGCAGAGAUGGCCAGCCGAGCAGAACUACCCCUGACAUGGUCAGUUUCCAGCAAGCUGGACCAGCAUGCUGAGCUGGAAACUGAAGAGGAAGAAAAGAGUCAAGAAGAACAGAAUGAAAGAAACGGUGAUGUGGCCAACUUGGAGAAUGAGUCCAAAGUGUAGAAGCACCAGAAGCAUAAAGGCCACACCACCUCCUUUAUCUUCUACUUCUUUGCUCCCUUUUUCUUUCUCCAACAUGCCUUUUUUUUUUUUUCUUCCUUGUUAUUCUUAAGUCUGGGAAAAUAAAUACUUAAGUUGUGAAA